AUGCGCCCUCCGGGAACGCUGGGCGCAGAAACACAAUUGGCGCAUGUGCUCCCCGCCGAUAGUUCUGCAGGGGACGCGGCUGCGCAUGCGUCUCGGCAAUCCUGCUCCUCGCGUGCGCUGACGUCAGUUCCUGUUGUUUUUAUCCCCUCUCGGCGAGCGAGUCGGAGGCCUUCUGUCCAAGCUAGGUGUGGCAGGGAGGAAACCUGCCUUCAAGUCAGGAAUCAAGUUGCAAGAGCAAUAUACAACACUACUAACUGUUUAAUGUGCACGCUUCCAUGGCCCAAUCAGUGUUACUCUGACAGCUCAUCAAUGGACUCAGAAGAUAAAGACAGAGAGGAAGAGAGUCUGCAGACAGCUUUCAAAAAGCUAAGAGUAGAUGCAGCAGGAUCUACUGCAUCUCUAUCUGUGGAUGAGGGAACAAGUCUGAGAGCACCGAUAAGAACAGCUAUGGAUGGAACCAAACCUCAACCUGUCUGUGCCAAAGAGACUUGGCAUGGGUGUGUGAGGAAGCCCUCCAGGGGGUCAUCAAGAACCCAGCGUCGCAGGCGUUCCAAGUCUCCUAUCCUGCAUCCUCCCAAGUUUACCUACUGCAGUAUGAAAGCAUCUUCUGCCCACAGCCAGUUGAAACACAAAAGUCAGCAAGACACUUCAAAGAGUAAUAUCAGCUCAGACAUUUGUGUUGCAGAAGAACCGUGUACAGGGGAUAAGUAUGAUUCCUGCUUUGAUGCCAGUGAUUGCAGAAGAGCCAGAAAUGAACCUUUGGAAGCUUCCAUAACUGAACCGCCUUUGGAGAAUUCAAGAGAGAAUUCUGCUUCUGUUUCUUCGUCCUUUGAAACCAAUCUGGAUUCUAGCCAGCCUUCAGAUUUCCAGUCAUUAUCUGUGCUCAGCGAUAGCAAGCAGUGUCCUUGCGAGGACAAGGAAUGUCAGUGCAGACAGUGGCAAGACAUGGAAGUGUACUCUUUUUCUGGCUUACGGAGUGUCCUGUCGGAGUGCGAAAAGGCAGUGCUAGAAGUCCAUGCCCAGUCUCUGCAGAACAAAUCGCCCUCUGGUGUGGCUUCGUCAGGUUCUCCCCGAUCUUGUUCUGAGCAAGCUCGAGCCUUCGUGGACGAUGUGACAAUUGAAGAUCUUUCAGGAUACAUGGAAUAUUACUUAUAUAUUCCCAAGAAAAUGUCCCACAUGGCAGAAAUGAUGUACACUUGACUAGAAGGAAUCCAUGGAGAAUCAUGGGCUGGAAAUUCAGUAGUAAUGAGUGGAUGAAGUGUUCCCUCAGACCCAGGGAUGGGAAUUUGGCCAUUCUCAUUGCUGUGUAUUUGAUCAAAUGUUUCUUUGCACCAUACAGUGUAGUUUUUUAAUAAAGAGAAAAACAGACAACAGCCUCUGAGCUUAGUGUUUCAAAAGAAUGCAUUAAACUCUGCGAAGCUCAAAGAAUUCAUUGUAGAUCAAAUAAACUUCCUCUGGUCUUUAGUCUGUGCUGUGGA